GCUAGCUCCGGCCGGCGGGCAUUGAAUUUGGCCCAGUUCUCCACCAAAAACGCCCGUAGAUAAUCGAACACGAGCCACGGUGCAGCCCAGUGACUGCUUGUUUGGCCAGUAUACGUAGAACGGGCCGCCGCGCCCUUGCGGUGAACACACAAGCAAAGAGCAUUCAAAGCGCUACAGCAGCGCGCCGCAUCCCAGGCUCGCCGCGGGCCUCAGUUUAGCACAGGGCAGCGCAUAGUGUUCAAGCAGCAAGGCGCAGUCAGCAUCACACCAGCAUGGCGCGCGCGCUGAAACUCGCGCUCUGCUGCGCCGCCGCCGCGACGGCCUUACUGGCGCCGCCGCCGAAACGAAUAGCACACACGAAACCGCGGGCCAUGGGCCUCGCCGGCCCCGUCGACCCUGCGGCGGCCCUGGCCGUCUCCACAGUUUCUGGUGAUGUCCGGAAGGCCAUGACCUUCGGCGCGCUCUUCCUGUCCUCCGCAUUAUUACAUGCUGCAGAAGUAUCAAUAACAACUCUGUAUCCGUGGAAGGUCAAAGAAUUUGCCGAAGAGGAGCGGGGCAAGGGCAUCUUCACGAUGCUCGACCGGGACAUCACGCGCGUGUUGUCGACCGUGUUGAUCGCGACGACGAUCUGCAACAUCCUGUCGACGGCCAUAUUCACGGAAGUGGUUGCGAGAAGAUCAAGGGGCUCCCUACGCUUCAUCUCGCUCGCAACAUCAGGAUUAACCGCAGCCACUCUAUUCUUCGGUGAAUUGAUCCCAAAAACGAUUGGUGUUAAUAAUGCGGAGAUGACGGCGCGAUUGCUGUGCCCUCCGGUCGGACUCUUAACGAGAGUGGUAGGCCCCGUCGGCCUCAAAUUUGCGCAAUUAUCAAAGUGGGUGUUGAGGACCUGCAAACUGAUUGAUGAUGAAGACAGCGCCGAAGAAGUGAGCGAGGAGGAACUGCGAUUAGUAGUGCAGUCCGGCACCGAGAGUGAACAGGGUGCGAUGAUUGGUGGCGUCUUGGACCUCCAGCAGCGGCGCGUCUCCGAGAUCAUGCGGCCUCGGGUCGAUGUCAAUGCUCUGGAAAAGAAUUGUACUUCGAGGGAGUUAUUGCAUUUGGUCGAUGAGACCGGGCACAGUAGAAUACCAGUAUACGACGAUGAAAUUGACCGCGUGGUCGGCGUCGUGAACGCGAAGCAACUCUUCCGGUUCCUCGAACAGUCGUCGACGCCGGAAGAUUUGGAUCGAAUCGUACUGUCACAAUUUAUAGAACCGACCUAUUUCGUUCCCGAGACGAUGGCCGCCUGGAAAGUGCUGGAGGAGAUGCGGAGACGGCGCUUACAUAUGGCGAUUGUGGUGGACGAGCACGGCGGCACGGCGGGCGUCGUGACGCUCGAAGAUAUCUUGGAGACGGUGGUCGGCGAGAUUUAUGAUGAAGACGACGAGGCGGAAAUAGAGUUGGGCGACGACGUCAUUUUGAAUGAUGAUGGGAGUUACGACAUCCUGGGCAACGCGAACGUGGAUGACUUGGUCGCGGCGCUCGCUCUCAGGGAUAGCGAGGGCAACAAGCCUAGUGAUAUUAUGGACGUUACUACCGCUGCUGGUUUUCUGUGUUUUCACGCCGGGGAAAUACCUGCGGUGGACGACCACGUGAUUGUCCAUGAUCAUGAUUUCGUGGUCCUGGAGGCCGACGAAAGGAGAGUAUUGCGGAUGAAGGCCGUGCCGCUGUCGUCGGAUGGGGUGUUGGAGCCGCCCGGGCUGAACGCGACGGUGCUGUCGCGGACGGAGGAGCCCGUGGCGGCGGCGCGGUGAGUAAGUAUAGUGUACAAAUCU